AUUCUGGACGGCCAUCUGUGAUAGGCAAGGCUCACAUAUGGGUGCACUGGUGAGCCAGGUGUGGGCAGCUCGCUCGAGUCGUGUACCCCGCCUGUACUUCGCUGUUGAUCCUGCAAAGGUCUCCGUGAAGGCACCGGCGGUCACAGGCUCGGACGCCGACGAGCAGCCUAAAGAGAGCCUAGAUGCGUUCAUUGCAGCUCGGUGUCCGAGUUUGUAUGGCGACUUCUCUCCGCCGUGGUGGCUAUUCAACGGUCACCUCCAGACGGCAUACGCAGUCAUGGGAGAUUUCUCGAAAAUAGAUAGAGUUGAAUACGAUAGAUCCCUGCUUCGUACCCUGGAUGGCGGCACAAUAGGACUGGACAGCACACCGCCCGCCAACGAACGCACACUGCCAGAUGACACGCCCAUCGUGGUAGCCCUGCACGGACUGACCGGAGGUUCACACGAAUCAUACGUUCGAGCGAUUCUAGCCCCGGCUUGCACGCCUGUAGAGCAAGGAGGCCUUGGAUACAGAGGCAUCGUAGUCAAUUUCCGCGGAUGUGCUGGCGUACCUCUCACCACCCCCCAGAUGUACUCCGCGGGACACACGGAUGAUAUCAGAGUCGCCGUUAUGCACAUCGCGAACCGCUACCCCAAAGCACGGCUGCUCGGCAUAGGAUUCUCACUCGGGGCUAACGUUCUGACGAGAUACCUGGCGGAAGAGGGGACGCAGAGCCGCCUUGCUGCGGGUUGUGUGGUUGCUUGUCCAUGGGACUGUUCCAAGAACGCCGCAGGCCUCGAGCAUCAGUGGUUGCACAGAACAGUCUACGGAAAAGCGAUGGCGCAGAAUUUGCGAAGAUUGCUCGGACGACAUGCAAACGAAAUUGCGAAAUUUCCGGAACACCCGCUCGCGAAGACCCUCCCAGAGGUGUUGAGCAACAAACCCAUGUCCCUCACGCAGUUCGAUGCCAUAGUCACUCGCGUCGUCGGCGGUUCCUCUCCGCCUUUCCCUUUCCCCAGUGCAUGGGACUACUACGUCUGGGCCUCGAGCCACGAAGUGCUCCCUAACAUCCGCGUGCCCUUCUUGGCCCUCAACGCAGAAGAUGACCCCGUAGUCCAGGUGCUGCCUGUCGAAGCAGGCGGGAACCCGUAUGUAGUGUUCGCUGUCACUGAGAAAGGCGGACAUCUAGGAUGGUUCGAGACAGUGCAGUCGACAGGGGAGGUUAGACGAUGGGUUAGUCGCCCUAUCGUGCAGUGGUUGCGGGCAGUUGGCGAAGACCUAGUGGUUGGGGACAGACAGGUCGGAUCUCUCCACGUUGUAGACGGAUUCCUGAAGGAAGUCGGUCGCGAUGACAUCGGCUGUAAGGAGGUAGAGAGCGGCGGCCAUGUUGUCGGGGUAGAAGGGGAGGCGGGACUCUUCGCCGGUCUGUAGGGCAGAUCCGCUCACCGCAGACCAUAGAAUACAUGAUGUGUUAUAGGCUACAUCCAGUCAGUAGUCUCGAUACAGUGGGUCCAACAUUGCUCAAUCGCUGUCGCUGAAGGUCACUCGCUCUUCUUCCU